AUGCCAUUUGCUGUCACUUCUGUAGCGGAAGAAGCAGAAUAUUGUUAUCCUGAAUCUAACGCAUCCUGUGUGAAAAAUUCCUACCAUGUGGCGACUCGAACUGUGUUUUAUUUAUUACUGGUGUUGGCGAUGGUCAUCACCAUUUUUGGGAACUUUGUGGUGAUCGUCUCUAUAGCUCAUUUUAAACAACUUCACAAACCUACUAACAUCCUGGUGAUGUCUCUGGCUUUAACAGAUCUGCUUCUGGGACUUCUGGUCAUGCCAUACAGCUCAAUCAGAUCUGUGGAUGGUUGCUGGUACUUUGGUAAAGACUUUUGCUUUUGGCACUCGAGUUUCGACAUGUUACUCACGGGUACGUCCAUCUUUCACCUGAUAUCUAUCGCUGCAGAUCGUUAUCAGGCUGUGUGCUACCCACUUCAGUACCCAACUAGAGUGACCAUACGUGUUGCAGGGGUGAUGGCAGCCGUGAGCUGGGCCGCUGCUGCUGUUUAUACUUACACUGUCCUGUAUACAAAUGCAAAUAUGGAAAGCGCAGACGAGCAUGUUGCUCCUGAAGGUUGCUUGGGUAGUUGUGUACUCGUGAUGAACGCAGUCUGGGCUGUUUUGAGUAUAGUUAUAGGUUUCAUGGUGCCGUGCUGCAUCAUGGUUUGUCUGUACACUCAGAUAUUUUUCAUUUCAAGAAAGCAUGCAAGGAAAAUUGAGGGCACCAAACAGGGCAGGAGUGACCUGACGUUUUCACAGAAGGUAAAACAUGAGAACAAAGCGGCGAAAACACUGGGGAUCGUCGUAGGUGCUUUUAAUUUAUGCUGGAUGCCGUUUUUUCUUACCUCUCUUAUAGAUCCUUACAUUCAUUUUGCCACCCCUCUGGUACUGUUUGAUGUGUUUGUAUGGUUGGGUUACAUUAAUUCCACUUUAAACCCGAUCAUAUACGGCCUUUUCUAUCCAUGGUUCAGAAAAACACUGUACCUAAUUAUUACACUGAAAAUAUUUGCUCCAAACUCGUCUGAUAUAAAAGUUUAUUCAGCAUAG